AAUAUAUAAACGAGCUAUAUAGAGCGAAAAUCACAAUCUCUAUUAUUUGUUGAGCAUCGACUAAUAUUGUAUGUUGUUUAAUUAUUGAUCGCCGGAUCGAUCAUAAGUACAUAUAUCGAUACACGAGUACCUUGCACAUACGAUAACUAAUCAGUUGUUAGGAAACGCAGAAAUCUAAAAGAUUUAUGCUCGAGAUAUAUAGAUACUUCGCAUUGGAAGAUUCAAUGUUGUGAAGAAUUCAAAAAUUUAAUGGUGUGAUAAGAAUUCUACAUACAUAUAUAAAUUUAAGUACUCGAGCUACCCCACGUCCAAACGUCCGACGAUAAAAGAAUCGGAUAAGCUUAAUUAAUCCAAACGUCCGUAUGAAGAAAUACGAAUUUAUGUGGAUUUAGAGAAUAUAAAGAAUUAAAUAUUUAAAAAGGAUACACACAGUAGAGAAUACACAAUACACACACACGUAUGUAUUUAAGGAAUCAAAAUCUCGAAUGAUAAAACGGUCGGCAAAGCUUUAGCGAUCGAAUGAUAUAACGUAGUAUAGUACGAAUCGAAAGAUAAUGAUAUAUCAGGCUCUACGGGAAAUGGAGCCGCAUAUAAAUAUGCAUAAGCAAUGAUUAUUGUCUAAUUCGAAUUGCGAACUUCUCACAAACAAUGAAUCUUGAGGUGGAAUUGAUCGCGGGGGUUAUCAAAGGCGGUUCACCCCCCGCGCAUUUACCGGCACCGAGGCUCGUCAAGAUAUUUAUCGCCAGCGAAAGAGAUGAUUUUACGGAAGAGCGCAAACAGCUGCUGGAGGUGAUCGGUCCGGAACUGCAAUCAAUUUAUGAUGAUAUGGGAAUCGAGGUGCUUCUGGUGGACAUGCAAUACGGAACCGGUGAUAACCCGGAUACCAAUCCACGUCUGGCGGAAUUUUUCUUAGAAGAGAUAAAUGCGUCUCACCGACAUUCCCGGGGAUGUUUCCUUCUGCUGUUGACAGGAACAAAUUAUACCGUAGGGUGGAUACCAACGGAAUUGAAAGAAGCUACCUUCCAAACGCUUCUCGCACACUGCGCUCUUCUUAAAGAUCAUUACGAGCACAACGGGCACUCUUAUGUUUUGAAUGCUAAUAGCGUGCAAACCGCUCAACAAGAAUGGCAGAAGGAUCAAGAACCGAGCCUACGGCUGGCGCUAAGGACCGCCGCGGAAUGCGCAAUUGUGGAGCAACCGGACAAUCAGGAGUUGAGAUAUAUCUUGAAGAGUACGAUGGAGCGACAGCUGGAAUACGGCCUAAGUCUAGACCAGCAGGGCUUGGGAAUAAUGGCUGUGAUACGCGAAUGGACGGGCAAUAACGCGCCGAAAUAUACAUCAGCUGGCGAGAAGCUCAAAAAUCGCGUUCAAGCUAACCUGCCCCACGAUAACGUGCUGCAUUUACACGUGGAAUAUCAUAAUGGCAGUAUCGAUACCGACUACGACGUUCACGAUGAGUACCUUGGAAAGCUUCGAGAACUAAUAUUGGACAGGCUGCAGCAGCUAGUGAACGCAUCCGUAGAGGCUGAUCCGGAAAUCAAAAGCCGCAAGAAGAUGGUUCAGGAAGUCUACGCCGAAAGUAUGGCGCAUUUUGCUCUCCUUCGAGAAUUACCGUUGGCCGACGAGAAUGACGAAGCUGUAGAGCAAGUGAAAAAGCUUAUCCUUGCAGGCAAGGAGCAUAAGCACGGGCCUAUCCUAAUCUACGGACCCAAAUCCUCUGGCAAAUCCUCUAUUCUUGCGCGUGUCUAUCAGAAUUCGCCUGACUGGCUCUCGGCGCCGACGCUUCGCAUCGUCCGAUUGUGCACUGCAACACCUCGAUCCGCCUACAGCCUGGAGCUUCUUCGCAUUCUCUGUCAACACAUUGGUUUUCUUUCCGGUGACAACGACGGUAAUCUACCGCGCGAUGCCUCCUUUGAUCCACUCUACCUCAACAAUUGGUUUAGCCUCAUCAUGCGCCGCAUAGAGGAGCAUCCCCUUCCGGAUCAAUUAAUUAUUCUCCUCGAUGACCUUCAUCGUUUCCAUCCGCUCGAGUGCGAUAUUGUCGCCGCCUUAUCCUGGUUACCGCUCGCUCUUCCCGCGGGCGUCCAUUUCGUCGCCACUUCCGCGCUUCCGCCCGAGGGAAUGCGUCUCACGCCGCUUCAGAAGGAUCGUCUGCGCAGCACUGACAUUCUCGUCGAUCUACCCGGGCGCAUAUGCGCAACGCCAUGCAUCGACGCCGCUUUGGAGCACUUGGAGGAGCUUAUUGGACUCGACGCUGCUAAUCGAAUUGCCUCGAUUCUCGCUUGCACUGAGUACGGUCUGUCGGAGACAGAAAUACUCGAAUUGAUCAUGCCUACUGGAGGAGAAGAACCUUUGCUCCUGGAUGAGAGCCAAUUCAACUUCGCGACUUGGUGCUUGGUCAGAAGAACAUUCGCGCCGUGGCUCAAAGUACGAGUGAUGAGCGGACGAUUGAUGUUCUCCUGGCGCGGUCAAUUUCGCGAAGUUGCUCUCAGAAAAUAUCUUUCGAAUCAAGAUGUCUCUCGCGGCUACCACGCAGAACUAGCCGGUCUCUUCUUCUCCGAGGACGCCGACAAUGGCUCCGACAAAUCGCCGAAGAAUCCAGCCUCCUCGCCCGUCGCCAAAGAAACCCCGUUUCAAAGCGCGCCGCAAACGCAGGAUGUCACAUAUACGCUUCGACACGUUGAAGAAGCGUGGCUACACCUUCUGCGCGCUUCCGAUGUGGACAAGCUGAAGAAACUUGCCGUCUGCGCGUUCGAUUUUCUUCUUGCGGCUGUUCAAAUGAUCUCUGUAAGCUAUCUCCGAUGUGUCCUCGAACACGCCAGGCGGUAUCUCCUCGAACGCGACUUGGAACUCAUAUAUUAUGCCGUGAGGAAAUCCAGUGAUGUCCUUACCAGGGAUCCGCUUCAGCUCGCCGCUCAACUCAUCUGUUGGUUAAGACCGGUUGCCGAAGACGGCGGUGAUCUCGUUAGUAGAAUGGUUAUGGCGGCUAUGGCUUGGUGCGAUGGUUACACCGCUCCCUUGCUCGUGCCCCUGAACGGAUGGCUACAACCACCUCUGCCAUUGCAAAUCCGAGCAAUUACGUGUCCUCAAGGGGUCAAGUUGAUCGAGGCGGCACCAUCCGGUCAACACGUCGUUGUUGUGCCUCCGCAAGGAGAUGCUCAAUUAUGGCAUGUGAUGUCGAGUCAGCUCGUUCAUACAUUCAAAGGACAUUCUAGCCCAAUCUCGUGUUUAGCCGUCACUCAUCAAUCACAGUAUCUGCUAACUGGUUCCGAGGACACUUCCAUUAUUGUCUGGGAUAUGAAGGAUCUCAUCAUGAAACGGCGGAUUUGCGAGCACAUUGCACCAGUCCUUACUUUAACAACGGCUCUCAACAAUUCUGUUAUUGUGAGUGGUGGUGAAGAUUCCAGAAUUAUCGCCACUAGCCUGCUCACCGGCGAGGUUCUAAUGAAAGUUGAUCAUCAUCGUGGUCCUGUCACUACUAUUCGCGUUGAUUCAGCGGGAGAAGUCUUGGUUUCAGGAUCAGUCGACGGAACUGUGUGUCUUUGGUCUUUGGAAAGCUUCAGUCUUCUCAAUAGCAUUAUUCUUCCUUCUCCGGUGGUCAUGUUAGACGUGUCCGCAGAUUCAGUUUUUCUUCUAGCCGCUUGUGAAGAUCAAAAGCUCUAUCUGAGGUCUUUGGCAACAGGCACGGAUAUUCACACGCUUAGAGGACAUCAAGGACCAGUUAAAAGUCUCUGUUUGGCGAAGGAUUGUAGAAGAGCUAUCGCUGGCGGUACCGAAGGCAGAGUAUCCGUGUUCGACAUGCAUAGUGGAAAGUUGACUAGAACCUUACCCGCUAAUCCAUCAGCAAGCGUCACUUCGGUUAAGGUAACUGAGAAAGAUGAUUUUCUGAUAACUGGCGGAGGAGGCCGCGUGACUUAUUGGAGCUUCCGCGGUGAAGAACCACCACCGAAGCCCCAGAAACCCGGAAAACAGGAUUCUCUACAACCUCAUACCGCGCCGAUAUCCUGCUUGGAUAUUUCUAGGGAUGGCGUAAUGGCAGUCACCGGCGGUGUAGAUUCUUUAGUUAAUCUAUGGCAGCUAAACACUCAUGAGUUGUUGUCCACAUUGGAAGGUCAUAUCGCCAGCGUCACUUGCAUCGCAUUUUCCGCGUCAGGACUUUUUGUCGCAUCUGGAUCUGAGGACAAGACAGUGCGCGUGUGGGGUUUGACACUAGGGCUUGUCGUAGCUACGUUUAGGCAUCAGGCGCCAGUGACCGCUGUCACCGCUAUGCUGGAUGGAAGAAGAGUGGUCAGUUCGGAUCGAGCUGGCGUUAUCAGGGUGUGGGCAGCAGAUAGUGGUACAUUGAUCCAGUCAGUUUGCGGACCCGGACGAUGUUUUGCUGUCGCGUCCGAUAUGAGAUAUGCGGUAUGCGGAUCUGGCGAUAAUCAGGUGCGUAUACUCAGUCUGGGCGUCGGUCCCGAAGAAAAGCAUCAGGUAUCGCAUUCGCAAGAUAUCACAUGUUUGGUAGCAACGCCCGAUUCUCAGUAUUUAAUCACUGGCUCCCGCGAUAUGAGCCUAAAAGUGUGGCAAUUGGUCGGCGGUAAACUUUCUCAGGUGUUGGUGGGCCAUACCGACCACGUGACUUGCGUUGCAGUCGCGGUGCUCGACAAGUCCAUAGUGGUAUCCGGCUCUAGAGAUGCCAAUUUGAUCGUCUGGGACAUCAACACCGGAGCUGAUUUGCAUACUCUCACAGGCCACCUGGGUUACGUAACCUGCGUGCGUCUUUCCGCCGACGGCACUCUAGCUGCUUCCGGAAGCGAAGACAAAAGCCUCAUCGUCUGGGAUACCAAGAAAGGCACUCCGCUCAGUUCAAUCAUGCUACACGUACCGGUAUUAGGGGUCGAGAUGUCUACCGAUUGUUCUAGGAUGGCAGUGCAUUUAUUGGAACACAAAUGCUUGCCUAUUCUAUGUCUGCACAACACUCCUGCGCAAUAUGUCAAGCUGCCGCUGUAUGUGGCGCCGCGGGAUUUGAGACCGCCAGGACCGAAACGACCUACCAGAAGAUUACUGAAGAAAGAGGUUUCCUUAGAUACUUAUACCUGGCAACGAAAGUAUGGCCAUCUUACGUCAGAUAUCAGAGUCUCGAAUAUCGAGAAACGUCGCUUUAGCGUGAGCGCGUCCAUGGAAGAGAUCAGCAAGGCAGGCUUAGCCGGUUCUCAACCUGGUCUAGGUCCUGAACAGGCCGCUUUAGCGCAAUCCCAACAUUUUGAUCAAUUGGAGGCGCUUUGGAACAAGCAAUCGCCGCCGCCAAGACCACGUGGCCUAGCCCGAACAUUAACGAAGCAAACUUCGCUCCAGGCUACCCGAAUAUCCGAUUCCGAAGAAGAAGAUAUACCCGAUUAAAUGGCAGAAUACUUUCUAUCGACAACUUUCACGAUUGAUUGUCGAAUAUAUUUAAGCUACAAAAUGUCCUUCCGUGUCAUUCGAUGCAAUAAAUAAAGAUAUCCCCAGAGAUAAUAGAUUAGCAACAAAAUAC